AUGCAUCUUUGCGACAAACUGCCCCAGAGCUAUCGGGAAGUCUGCGGCUUGCACAAGGACAAGACGGAUCGCUUCUGGCUUCUAUCGAAGGAGGUGGACGACAUCCUCGAAGACGGUUGGAAGAGGGAGGGUGCGGAUGACCAGGUCGCUUCGCAUGAGCUUUUCGGAUCCUCAGAGGGAGUGCUGGAGCUGCUAAAAGCUUUAGCCUCGCCGCCUUCCAGCGUUUCAAUCCGACUUCCGCUCUCAGCCGGAGAGGUGGAGGCCUCCAGCUACGGUUGCACUGGGAGCUCCAGGCCCAUCUUCGCCAGUGCCUGGCAGCUGUGGGCCGCCAAGCAGGUUGCGACUUUGCCUUGGAGGACCAUUAUUGGCCGCAGCGCCGUCUCUGCAACUGGAGGGUAUCUGAAAUCUGAAGAUGAGACACGUCCUCUGGCAGAUUCCCUCUCCGCGUCGGUCUCCGCCGAUGUCAUUAUUGACGCUGCUUGCGCCAUGGCCGUUUUGAGAGGUGCCGACGUUUUCUGCAUGGGGGUCAUGGCAGCAACGCCCAAGCCACUGGAGGGUCAUCUGGUCCGGCUUUGGGUGGUGCCAGAGGGCGUGAAGCCGCCGAACCGUGGGGCCAUCUUGCAGGAGUCCCCUGAGAAAUGGCCGGCAGUGCUGGUGGCCGGGGGGCGUUUGAUGAUGUCUCGCCUCUCCAUCUUCACUCCGGGGACCAAGGGCACCGCUGUCAGUGUCUUGUGGCGGCGGGGAGUCGCACAUGCUUUGGCUCCCAUGAACGCGGUCCUGUCGGAUCCGCAGCUGGAUGGCAAGGUCCUGCUGCAACAGCUUCCGAGCUGUCUCUGUGUCCGUGUGCUGGACCCAUGUCCUGGAAACAGAGUGCUGGACAUGUGUGCAGCACCGGGAGGGAAGACGACGCAUUUGGCAGCGACUCUCCAAGGCCAGGGCCAGGGCCUCACGGCCAUCGACCGCUCCCGGGCCAAGGUGCGGCGCGUGGAGGCGCUCUGCGCGGCCCACGGCUUCGGGAAGGUCCGGUGCCUGGCCGCUGACUCCCGGCACCUCUGCAACGAAGCCGCCAGCGGCAGAAAGCCACGCUCCAAAGUGGCAGAGCCGUCUGCCGCUGCGGAGCAAGCUCCUCCGGAGCUCGACCUCGAGGAGCCUUGGCCUCCCGAGGCCGAGGAAGCCUUUCAAAGGGCCUUCGCAGAGCACCACGCGGAUCGCUUUCGCAGCACCAAGCGGAUCUGGAAGGCGGUGGUCACCGCGUGCGGCCGGGGGCCCGUCUCAAGGAUGCAGGUGGAUGCACGGCUUCGCCGCCUGGAGGGUGGAAAUCCGAGGCCAGAGAUGGAGGUCUCAGACCCAGAGGCCAGAAGCGAAGCCCGGUCUCGAAGGG